CCUUUUUCCAAGAGGUAGAAGUAAACAUUGAAGAACUGAAUUUGGCACUAAAUAAUGAGCAGAUGGAUAAAGAGAUUUCCAAAGCAAAGUUUGACCUUGUGCAAACUGUCCAAGAAAAUGCAAACGUUCGUCACAAAUUGUUCAAUCCCUGAAGAAAAGAAACUAGUACUUGGGGAAACAAAGAAAGCUGAACACUCCAGGAAAAGGCUGCCAUUCUUAACUCAGCGCAAAAAUAAACCUGCAAAGAAGAAGGAGGAGAAUGUUCAUGCCACGGUUGAUAUUGGGCAUAACGAUGUUGACUUACUGAGAGACAUGGUAUGGAAGAAAGAUAGAAGAAUUCAUGAUACGUAUCUUGACGUCAAAGAUAAGAAUGAACGUGAUGCCAUCUCUGCAUUUCUCAUGAUACAUUGUGGGGAUUGAUUUUGUUGAAAUCUAUUAUUUGUGUUUUUUUGUGAGCUUUGAUCCCAACUCUUGGAUGAUGUUUGGGAUUCCAAAAACUCUUUUAAUAGAUUUUGACUCUUGUCACUU